UUGACGCUGGCGGAGUACUGGCUUCAGGCAGUAUAAAUUGCUGCAGUUACACGUUAGAUACUUAGUGGAGGAGAAAUGCCGAAAACGCGUUCAGAACUGCAUGUUCAAAAACAGAGUUGGUGGAAAAGCUCAGGUAUUAAUUGAGAAUAAUUUGCAGACCAGGAUCCAUGCAAGUUCUCCAUUAAGCAGAGUGAUCAGGAUCUGAGUAUCAUUGACACUUAAAUGCGAAAGGGAAGAGGUUUAACCAUUCUAUCCAUGGGAGAAUAUUCCUGGCAAACGCUGACUGUUUUCCUUCCCUGAAGGACAUUAAAUGAACCGGUUCAGUUUUACUGAUAAUCCAGCAGUGCCCCUCGGUGUUGGAUCCACAAUUGACCAGAUUAAUUUCAGAGUUUCACAAUCUUUGUGUGUAUUCUUCUGGUUUCUCUCUCUCUACUUUUCUGUUUGAAAUUUUGAUUGCAUUCAGAGAAAUCAAACAAAACCACAUCCAGAUCUGACACUCAAUCUGUUUGUCAUAACCUAAUUAUCUCAGGAUUUUGAACAUUGAAGGAAGAAGCACUGUUCACCAGGGAGAAAUGCGUAUUGUCUGUGUGUCGAAGAGUCUGUGAAGAUUCAUCUGAAAUGUCCAAACACCAGCGCAGUCACACUGGGGAGAGACUGUGGAAAUGUAGGGAUUGUGGGAAAGGAUUUAUUUACCCAUCCCAGCUGGAAAUGCACCAACGCAGUCACACUGGGGAGAAACCGUUCAUUUGCUCUGAUUGUGGGCUGGGAUUCACUCAGUCAAACAACCUGCUGAAACACCAACAAGUUCACAGUGGGGAGAGACCGUUUGCCUGCUCUGUGUGUGGGAAAGGAUUUGCGCAGACAUCUCACCUGCUGAAACACCAGCAAAUUCACACAGGAGAGAGGCCAUUCACUUGCUCUGUAUGUGGGAAAGAAUUUGCUUUGUCAUCCAGCCUGUUGACACAUCAGCGAAUUCACAAUGGGGACAGACUGUUCACCUGCUUUAUUUGUGGGAAAGGAUUCGUUUCGUCAACCAACCUGCUGAGACACCAGCAAGUUCACACCAGAGAGAAAUCAUUCACCUGUUCUGUGUGUGGGAAAGGAUUCACUCAGUCAUCCUCUCUGCUGGAACACCAGCAAGUUCACACUGGGAAAAGACCAUUCAUCUGUUCUGAAUGUGGGAAAGGAUUCACUCGCAAUUCCAAACUAUUGGUACAUCAGCGAGUUCACACUGGAGAGAAACCUUUCACCUGUUCUGAGUGUGGGAAGGGAUUUACUCACUCAUCCAACCUGCUGACACAUCAGCGACUUCAUACUGGAGAGAGACCAUUCACCUGUUCGGAGUGUGGAAAAGCAUUCACUCAGACAGUUCACCUGCUGACACAUCAGCGAAUUCACACUGGAGAGAAACCGUUCACAUGUUCCGAAUGUGGGAAGGGAUUUGCUCACUCAACCAACCUGCUGAGACACCAGCGAGUUCACUCUGGGGCCAGACCAUUCACUUGUUCUAUGUGUGGAAAGGGAUUCACUCAAUCAUCCAAACUGUUAACACACCAGCAAGUUCACCACAACCACAUUUGAAGGAUUUUGCUUUUAAAUCAAGGAUUGAACUUGGAUCUUUGGGCUGUUUGUACUGGUGUCAUUAGUCCCUGCUCAAAACUUGAUCUUCUCUUGGGAAAUAAGGUAGGGCAGGUGACUGAGGGGUCAGUGGGAGAAAUAUUUUGGGGCCUAUGAUCAUCGUUGUAUUAGUUUUAAAAUAGUUAUGGAGAAGGAUAGACUUGGUCUAAAAGUUAAAGUUUUAAAUGGGACUAAGGCCAAUUUUGACACUAUUAUGCCCCUUAAAAGCACAGUAAGACCGCCUAUGUAUGGGAAUGCACAAGAUGGAUGACAUGCAAAACAAGUAUUUUACAUCGGUAUUUACUGUGGAAAAGAAUAUGAAAGCUAGAGAACUUAGAAAUGAAUGUGUAUCUUGAAAAGUUCCAUAUUAUAGAGGAGGUGGUGCUGGAUGCCUUACAGAGCAUAAAGGUGGAUAAAUCCCCAGGACCUCUUCAGGUGUAUUCUCCAACUUUGCGGGAAGUUAGGCUUGCGAUUGGGCCCCUUGCUCAGAUAUUUGCACCAUUGACAGUCAUAGGUGAGCUGUUAGGCUGGAGGUUGGCUAUUCCAGUGCCAUUGUUUAAGAAAGGUGGUAACAUAAAGCCAGGGAACAAUAAACUUUUGGUGAGCCUGAUGUCAGUUAUGGGUAAGUUGUUGGAGGGAAGUCUGAGGGAUAGGAUUUACAUGUAUUUGGAAAGCGUGGACUGAAUGGGGAUAGUCAACAUGGCUUUGCCCAUAGGAAAUUAUGUCUUGAUUGAGUUUUUUUUUGAAGAAGUUACAAAGAAAAUUGAUGGCAGACUGGUGGAUGUUUUCGAUAUGGAUUUCAGUAAGUAAAAUUCCGCAUGGUAGACUGAUUAACAAGGUGAGAUCACAUGGAAUCCAGGGAGAGCUGGCCAUUUGGAAAGGCCUUUGGCCUGCAGUAUGCUGCAAGGAUUGGUACUUAGUAACUAUAACUCCCGCAUUCACAUCCAAAUCAUCUUUAUAAAUGACAGAAAUGAGUGGACCCAGCUCUGAUCCUUGCGGCACACCACUGGUCACACGCCUCCAGUCUACAAAGCAACCCUCCACCAGCACUCUGUCUCCUACCUUCAAGCCAGAUCUGUAUCCAAAUGACUGGUUCUCUCUGUAUUCCAUGUGAUCUGACCUUGCUAAUCAGUCUACCAUGAGGAACCUUGUCAACUGCCUUACUGACAUCCAUAUAGAACACAUCCACUGCUUUGCCCUAAUCAAUCCUCUUUGUUCCUUCUUCAAAAAAAAUCAAGUUAGUGAAACAUGAUUUCCUACACACACAGCCAUGUUGCCUAUCCCUAAUCAGUCCUUCCCUUUCCAAAUAUUUCAAGUACUAUCCCUCAGGAUUCCCUCCAAUGGCUUGCCCACCACUAAUAUCAGGCUCACUGGCCUAUAGUUUCCUGGCUUUUCCUUAGCACCUUUCUGAAAUAGUGGCACCACAUUAGCCAACUUCUGAUCCCUCAUCUGUGGCUAUCGAUGAUACAAAUAUCUCAGCAAGGGGCCCAACAAUCUCUUGCCUAGUUUCCCUCCGAGUUCUCGGAUACACCUGAUCAGGUCCCAGGAAUUUAUCCACUUUUAUGCGUUUUAAGCCGUUCAGCAUCACUACCUCUGAAAUAUGGCUAAUUUUCAAGUUGUUGCUAUUUAUUUCCCCACAGUCUAUAUCUUCCAUAUCCUUUUCUGUAGUAAAUACUGAUGCAUAAUACUUGUUUUAUUAUAUUCCCCAUUUCUUGCAAUUCCACACAUAGGCGGCAUUGCUGCUUUUUAAGGGGCCCUAUUCUCUCCCUAGUUAUCCUUUUGUUCUUAAUCUAUUUGUAGAAUCCUUCUGGAUUUUCCUUCAUACUAUUUGCCGAAGCUACCUCAUGUCCCCUUUUUGCCCUCCUAAUUUCCCUCUUAAGUAUACCAUUGUCAUUAUACUCUUAUAAGGAUUCACUCAAUCUCUGCUGUCUAUACCUGGCAUGUCCUUCCUUUUUCUUGACCAAAACCUUGAUUUCUCUAGUCAUCCAGAAUUCCCUACACCUACCAGCCUUGUCCUUCACCCGAACAGGAAUAUACUGUCCCUGAACACUCAUGUUUUUUUUUUGAAGGCUUCCCAGUUCUGAAUCUUUCCGUUUUACCUGCAAUAUCUGCCCCAAUCAACUUUUGAAAGCUCUUGUGUAAUCCCUUUAAAAUUGGCCUUCCUCCAAUAUAGAGCUUUAACUUUCAGAUCCGGUCUACUCUUUUCCAUCACUAUUUUAAAACUAAUAGAAUUAUGGUCACUGGCCCCAAAGUCCUCCCCCGCUGAUACCCUAGUCACCUGUCCUGCUUUAUUUGUCAAGAGCCGGUCAAGAUUUGCACUUUCUCUAGUCGGUACAUCACAUACUGAAUCAGAACGUUUUCCUGGACACUCGCUCUCAGCAAAUUCCUCUCCAUUCAAGCAUUUUACACCAUGGAAUUCCCAGUCUGUGUUUGGAAAGUUAAAAUCCCUUCCAUAACCACCCUGUUAUUCUUACAGAUAACCGAGAUCUUCUUUCAAAAUUGUUUGUCAGAUUCCUGCUGACUAUUGGGAGGCCUAUAGUAUAAUCCCAAUAAGGUGAUCAUCUCUUUCUUAUUUCUCAGUUCCACCCAAAUAACUUCCCUGGAUGUGUUCUCAGAUAUAUCCCUCCUAAGUGAAGCCAUAAUGUUAUCCUUGUUCAAAAAUGCCACUUUUCACAAAGCACAUUCUUGCUUUGCUUCCCCUCCCGCUUUGACUUUCUAUCCUUUCUAUCGGAUCUAUAAUCUUAGAACAUUAAGCUGGCAUCACUGUCCAUCCUUGAGCCUUGUCUCUGUAAUUGCAAUGAUAACCCAGUUCCAUGUUUCCAACCUUGCCCUGAGUUCAUCUGCCUUAGCUGUUAGGCCUCUGGCAUUGAGAUAAAUGGUGUUUAAUUUAUUAGUCCUUUUGCGUUAAUUUUAAUAACAAUUAUGUAACUGUAGGGUAGGUUUUGAAAAUGAUGAUGUUUUAUUGCUGUAUAUCAACACCUUCACACUGGGUAAAGACAAUCCACCUGCACACUGUGUGAAAAGGGAUUUCCUAGAUCAUUAGGACUGGUUUUCAUAGAAUUCAGAGUAUUCCUACAGUAGGGAAACAGGCCCUUUGGCCCAAGAAUUCCACAGAAAACCUCAGAGCAUGCCACCCAGACACAUCUCCCCGUAGCCCACCUAAUCUACACAUCCCUGAACACUCUGGGCAAUUUAGCUUGGCCAAUCCACCUAACCAACACAUGGGAGGAAACCAGAGCACCCAGAGGAAACCCACGCAGCCACAGGGAGAAUAUGCCAACUCCACACACUCAUUUGCCCAAGGGUGGAAUCAAGUCUGGGUCCCUGGCAUUGUGAGCCAGCAGUGCUAACCGCUGAGCCACUGUGGAUAACCACCAAUGAGUUCCCAAGAAUCUGUAGGAAUUUUUUAUGUUGCUCCUAUUAUCUGUGUCCACGUCAUGUUAUCUGGGCAUGUUUCUCAUGAUGUUUGAAAACACCACGUGUCUGGUUACCUAGUUGGGAGAAAAAAACAAUACAAGUCAACCUUUUAUUAAAACUACUGUGCAUUGCGUCUUCAUCUCAAAAGCAGACUAGUUUAUUUUGAAAGGCUCUCCAUCUCCCCUAACUCCUCCAUCCUCACCUCCCAAGUGUAAGGAACCGGUGGUUUUUAUUUUUCACUCAAUGACAGUCAGUACAUUUCAGGUGAGCAAAUGGGAACAGGGUCAUCCCAUAAUGCUUGAAACUUAGUGUACUAAUGGUACAUUAUUACAGUAAUAACCAUUACAAUUCUUUUCCGAACCUUUCAAGUUUUACAACACCCUUCCUUUAGCAAGAAGACUAGAAUUACACACAGCAGUUACACCUAAACCAGAAUGGGACCUGCAUCCUUGUGGGGGGUGGGGGUGCGUUUCCAGUACUGUUGAGGGCCUUGUAAAUCCCUGAGCAGUGGGCUGAAAUCCAGGGAGAAUGUUCAAAAUAAUAAUAAGGGCCAAAAAGAGAAGAAACGAGAGUCUGGAAGGCCUUGUCACAGGCCAGUUUAAGGUACAAGGGAGUUUGUUAAGGGUGAAUGGUGUUCAGAUGAAUAAGGCAGAUGAUUUGAGGAUAUAAAUUAAUGGGGCCAUAAAGACAUUGCUGUCAAUUGGACAUGGUUAGCAGCUCAGUAUUCCAGGUUACAGGGCCUUCAUGCAAGGCAGUGGAGGUGGUAAAGGAGGAGGGGAUAUUGUUAUUUUGUUUAGGGAAUCAAUUACAGCAAUAAGGAGGGCUGGCAUCUUUGAAAACUCCACAAAUAAAUAAGGAGGCAAAUUUUGAGAAAGUGUAAAAGUAGCAGGAUUGUGGUAGCAGGAGCUUUCAAUUUCCUCAGCAUUAAUGGAGUCAUCACAGUGGGAAAGAUUUAUCAGAAUUUUUAAAAUACAUCCAGGACAGCACUUCUUCAGCCACUAAGGAGAAGUCCCAACAAGGAAGGGGAAGGUCCUGGACUUGACUUUAGGUUACAAAGUUGAGCAAGUGGUUGAAGUUUCAGUGGGAUUGCAUUUUGCAGGCAGUUAUUAUAACUUUUCGAUUCAGGAUUGUAAGAAAAGGAAAAGGAUGGGCCUUAAGUCCUAAACUGAUGCUGAAGUGAUGAAGAAAGUAAAUGGAAUUUUGGCCUUAAUUGCGAAUUAUUGGUGUUUGAGGAUCGGGACAUCUUGUAACAACUGUAUUGGAUGUUGGUGAAGCCAUACUGGUAUAUUAUUUACAGUUUUGGUGCUUGUAUUUAAGAAGGAUAUGCUGGCGUUGAAUGCAGUGCAAAAAAGAUUCACUAAGCUGAUUCAUGGGAUGAAAGGGUUAGCCUGUCACGAAUAGCUGGAGGAAGGGAAUUUGCAGAGAGGAAAUACUAAAUAAUUAAACAGGUGGUGCCCAGUGUUGGACUUGUACUCAUAACCCUGCACUUAAGCAGCGUAUGUUCUGACAACUGAGCUAACUUGGCCUCCCACAGUCAGUGUUCAAAUCCUGCUUCAUAAGGUGACGAAUGGGUUUUUCACUGAUGCCACUGCAGUCCAAGGAAGUAAAAGGUAAUUGCUUUAGAAAAUCCUAAGGUUCCAAUGUAUUCUUCUCAUUGACAUUGCAAUCCAUUUUCAGUACUUGCUCCAUGAUUUAACAUUCAAAAUUAAUUUCGUGAUGUUGUUUCCCUACUCUUUAAGCAGCCUGUAUGACGCCAGUCACUCGGUCAAAUGGUGAAUAAAUCUGUUUCAAUAAACCAAUUCUUUUCAGCUACAGUAUAAGAAAUGUUCCUUUAUUUGCUGAGUCUCUCACAACAUUUUCUUUGUUCUGUGUGUCAACAACUUUGGCCAAUUCUCAUGUUAUGGACUACAUGUUCAGACACUGGUUAAAAAAAUUCUAAGGAUCAGAGGUUUCUGGUGCAGUUGCAUGACUUACUGCUAAGCGGUACAAAGAAAUAAACAGGCUUAAAGAUUAGGAAGGAAAUAUGUUUUUGCAUUUUUAAGUGUAGAGUUCAGUUACUGUGUGCUUGCUUCUUAUAAAAUGGAUGAUUUGAAGUCUUCACAGUGCAAUGUUCAAACGACAGACACCUAGACAUUGUCAGCAAGUAUUUAAGGCAUUUGACACAUUGAGGGAAUUAAUUUAGAAACACAAAUUGUCCAAAAAAAAGUGCUGGAUAAAUGCAGCAGGUCUCUCAGUUAGUUAUUAUAGCUCUUUUUGAUUCAGGAUGGGUAUGGAAAAGGACAAAAAUGGGUCUAAAGUCCUUUGCUGGUGCUGCAAAUGAUAAAGAAAGAAAAUAGAAUUUUAGCUUUAAUUGCUACAUAAUUGUUAAAAAUUGUAACAACUGUGUGGGAUGUAGUGAAGCCAUUCCUGCAGAGAGAGAGAGAGAGAGAGAGAGAGAGAGAAAUAGUUCUAAGAUCUUGAAACUAACAUGAUUUCAUUUGUCUUAGACAUUGCCAGACCUACUUUGUUUCUAUAGCACUUUCUGUUAAACAGCAAAAAGUUCUUUUCUUGAAGAGAAAAGCUUGAUAGGUGACCUGAGAGAAAUUGGAGACUUUGCAGGGAUUUGAGGCAAAAUUGGUGUUGAGGUUGCGAACCCAUUAGAGAUUUGAGAAAUGGUAAUGCAGUCUCGAGGCCUCUCCUGCUCCAUGACUAAAAUUUGGUGUCGCGACAUUAUCAUCGAAGACAAUAAGGAUGACCAUGACUUGUCAGUUACUGUGGCUGAACAGUCUAAGGUGCUGAAUUAAGACUCCAGUCUUUUCAUUGAUGUGGGUUUGAAUCUCACUGCUGCGAAUGUCCCAUGAGCAAGUGGCAUUUUCUUCUCCGCAGGAUUUUGCUGUGUGUAAGAAAAGAGGAGACAAUACACAUAAUUUGCUGCGUGAAGAAAAAAUAAAGAUAGACUUGAAGUUCUAUUAAAGUUAUUUUUCAAGCAGCUACACAGACAUGUUUGAGUGUACAGGAGACAUAGAAACAAAAUAGGUACAGCAGGGAUGAGGAAGAACAGAGAGAGGGAGGGGAAAACCUACAUUACCUCAUCCUCAGUAUUUAUCCAGAACAGCAUUCGGUGAGAGUAACCACUGCAUAGUCCUGUGGAAAGUAGGUCCCAUUCUCACUUUGAGAAAAACUUCUCACGCUGCAUGGUACUAUCACGAUGCUAAAUUGGAUAGUCUUUUAACAGAUCUGCUGACUUAUUUUUCAGCACCUGUGAUACACUUUGGGCCAAUAACACUACAACUGAGAGAGCAGAGAUUUUAAUCACUCCAACAUUAUGGGACACUUGAGUAUGGGGGACCGGUCAGUGUCAGGGCAGUUAAAUCUAGAGGUAACAAAGAAUGGAUAGGGUUUCAGCAGCAGAUGAGCUGAGACGUGGAUGGAGUCAGGUGAUGUUACUGAGAUGGAAACAGUUGGUUUGGUGAUGAUGUGGUUGAAAGCUCAUCUUAGUGUGAAGUAUUUCAUCAGAGUUGUGAACAGUCUGGUUCAGCUUCACACAGUUACUAGACAGAAGGUUGCAGUCAGUGUAGAAGCUGUCUCAGUGUUUAAUUGGAGGAAAUUGCUGUUCAUCCUGCACUGGAUUCAGACAAGUCAGGAUGAUGUGUGACUUGGAGGGGGUCCUCAUGGUGAUGGUGUUCCACAUAGAUCUUCCAUACUGGACAUUCACAAUAGUGAAGUUUAAGGGUUUGUGACAUGAUGUCAAAGUCCUGAUUGAGAUGUGGAUUUAUUCAAUACCUGUGUUUCACCUCUUUCUCCACAUUCUUUCUUUGUCUGACCACUCACUAGGAGGCCAGAGUCUUGUGUAAGCCCAGACCAGGUGGUAGGUUCUGUUCCCUGAUCGACAUUAAUGAAUCACUGGCUUUUGUGGUCACUUCUUUUUUACAGUACAUCAUUAAUCCUAUGGGGUGGCACGGUGGCUCAGUGGUUAGCUUUGCAGCCUCACAGCACCAGGGACCCGGGUUCGAUUCUCGCCUCGGGCAACUGUAUAUGCGGAGUUUUCACGUUCUCCCUGUGUCUGUGUGGGUUUCCUCCAGGUGCUCUGGUUUCCUCCCACAAAGAUGUGCAGCCUAGGUGGAUUAGUGGAUUAGCCAUGCUAAAUUGCCCAUGGUGUUCAGGGCUGUGUGGGAU